UAAGGCAGUGUUAGGAUGACUUGUCAGUGUGAGACAACAAUUCUCAGUGCUUGGACGUGUAAUUUCAUCGGGCUCUUUUUCAACGUGUAAUCGCAUUUUUUUAACGGAACGCAACUUACACCGAUGUACCGGAAAUGAGAAUUAUAAAAUUCAUACUACCCACCGGACUUACGCAUUUAGUCCGAAAUUUCGCAGUUGCAGCAGCGAUGAGCGGAAACAAGGAUUAUAACUCGGCCACAUCGAUUUACGAUUUCACAGCCAACUCUAUCAAAGGGGAGGAGGUCCCUUUGUCCAAAUAUCAAGGCCACGUGUGUCUGAUCGUAAAUGUCGCUUCAAAAUGCGGUCUUACAGCCACGAAUUACAAGGAACUCAACGAAUUGUACGACGAGUACGCCGAAUCUAAAGGCCUACGCAUUCUAGCGUUUCCCUGUAAUCAAUUCAACGGUCAAGAACCAGGAAACAGCGAGGAGAUUUGCAGUUUCGCCGAUCGCCAGAAAGUACAAUUCGAUUUGUUCGAAAAAAUCGACGUGAAUGGAAAUAACACGCAUCCUCUUUGGGCAUAUCUGAAAAAAGAACAAGGCGGCUUUCUGGGUAGCUUCAUAAAAUGGAAUUUCACCAAGUUUAUCGUCGAUAAAGAGGGCAAGGUCGUCGAACGACAAGGUCCUAAUGUCAAUCCGCAAAAGCUGAAGGGUUCUCUCGAGAAAUAUUUUUAAAUCGUCUUUUUUCAAAAUUAAUAUUUUUUUGCUUAUGUAUGGAAUAUGAAAUUCACAACAUAUACAGAUUCUACGAUAUA